AGUGGCAAACAAGUGGCAAACACUUGUGGGAACCCGGCGGCACAGCUUCGCAUGUCAAUUUCAUUCCGAACCCCAGCGUUUUGUUCCCAACAUUGUCACGGUGUUGGCGUUGAUCAUGAUAAAGCUAACGCAGAACUCACCGGAGGCAAAAGCAGGAGGACUAUCGCUCUCAGUCGCCUGUGAUGUUAUGUGCACCUUUUAACUUUUGCGCACGAUCUGCUUUCCCUCAUGACGACUAAACUCGGACACCCAUAUAUGCUACGAUGUAGCACCGCUGCCAGCAGUGAUCUUGAUGUAAUUUCCGAUGCGGUGGAUGAAGCCGUCUUAAUUAUCGCAAACUUGGCAUGGAGCCGCCAUCGCGGGUUCACGGAGGUGCGGAAAGAAUUUAUGGUAAAGCAAUCUGCAGUACCCCCUGGCGGACAAUUUGUCUUGCCCACGCAGGGUGCUGAGCCACUUCUGUCAUUCCGCCGUGCUCCCGCCUUCCGGGGCCCAUACCUCGAGAGGGGUACAAAGAGUGCAGCAUUUCUUGGCUCCGUACACAUCAUCGCAAACGUCCCUCUGAAUGCCACUGGCGUUCAAAUUCCUGUUGAUAUUAGCAAUCUUGAGGCCCAGAAGACUGCAUAUAGGUAUGCUUCCGUCACAAAAGCCGACUUGCGCACUGGUGCCUCUGGGGUGCGGCCUCCAAGUGACGAGGGUGGAUUAUUUGCUCCCUUCAUCCCUCAAAGAUUCUACAUAAAUUUCGACCAGCAUCUGGCGAAAAAUUUGUCCUUGAUCGAUCAGCUGAAAGCCGAUGGGUUUAACACUCUUCACCCAAUUCCUCCUCAUAACAACUUCACUAUUUUCCAACAAGUCAUCGACAAGAUCAUCAGUGCCGGAACUACCAAAACCUUGACCGCUGUCGCCCAACAAGCGAACGCCUACCUCUCGAUUUCCAACCUAUUGAACUGGAAAACCGCACACGAGCCCGAUGGCAACUCUGGCCCAGAAAAUGCGACGCGGGCAGGGUACCACUUGACAUACCAGAUGGACAGAUAUCAUCCUAUGUCUCUAGUAUUGAAUUGCCAAGACUACAACUUCUCGACUUGCGUCAAGGAGACCGCUAUCGUUCUGCAGUACCAACGCCACAUGGUCUCCUGUGUGGAAUACGAGUGUAACCCGGACUUCGGUCACUGGUUGUGACAACUGCCAGGGGGACGUGUGCGAUAUUAAAGCCUGCAUCCAGACUGUUGAAGUCCGAACGAUCCGAAGAGAAAGAGAGUGAGGAAGCCGAAGGAUCCAACAUGAUAGGUACGAGCGAGAGAGAGGUCCGAGCGCAUGAGGC